UUGACCACCUUGUUUUUAUUUUUUUAAUUGGGCCCACUGUGCCGCCAUCGCCCCGCGUCCGCCGUUGACUAUAGUGAAAAUUUUGUUUACUUUCGUUCCAUCGGCGGCACAGCAGUGUUAUUAUUUAAUCGGUAGAGAUAGGAGUGCUUCGCUGCUCUGUACAGAAUAGUAGUAGGUACAAAAUUUAGUGUAAUGUGCGCGGCUAGGUUAGUGUGGUCUUUGACAUUGAACCGAACGUUGAAUAUCAUUGCGAUAGCACAAAAAAAUCCCAGUUUCCGGGGACAUCUGUAGCACGGACAACGGCGUGGCGAAAUUUGGCAGGACGCUAUCGUUUUUUAUUUUGGUUUUCUUAUAUGUUACACGCUAGCGCUCAGCUAGCAUCGUCAAGUCCAUUAUGUUCAAGGCGAUUGAUUGCUAGGCUGAGAAGAAAGUUGCAUAAUCCCGAACAGCUGGAAGCUUUACCAGAUCACGUAGGGAGAUGAACCUAGCCAGUGUUGAAUAUCUUCAUCAAUCUCAUCACCAACAGCAGCAGCACUACAAGCAGCAAUGAAUCCAACUCAGUACGCCGAAGAUCCCAGCAUCCACCAGCUUCGCCGAUUGGUGAACCCGGUUAGCAAAGCAAAUCCCGUGGCUCGUUUUACCUUCUGGUGGCUGCGGGAGGUAUUUCAAACGGGCCUCAAACGCCCCAUCGAAGAAUCGGACAUCUACGAAACGUUGUCUUCGCACCAAAGCGAACAGCUGUCCUAUCUGUUCGAUAACCGAUGGCGGCUGGAACUGAAGAAGCAGAAGGCCAGUUUCCUGCGGGUGAUCUGUGGCAUCUAUGGCUGGACGAUGAUUACCCGCGGGUUGAUGUACACUACGGUGGAUUCGUUUUCAAGAGUAUUCCAACCGUUGUGUCUCGGUGGGCUGGUGUCCUACUUUGCGCCCGGUCAGACCACGAUCAGCCGGACGGAGGCGUACUACUAUGCGGCCGGAAUCGUUUUCUGCUCACUGGUACCGGUGGUGAUUUUUCAUCACUUCAUUCUGUACAUCUACCAGAUUGGGAUGAAGAUCCGCGUGGCGUGCUGUUCGCUGCUGUACAAGAAGGCCCUCCGGAUCACGAAAGCGGCCGGCACGGACGGACUGACCGGACAGGUGAUCAACUUGAUGUCCAACGAUGUCGCUAAAUUUGAUACGGCCGCCAGCUUCGUGCAUGACACCUGGAAGGGACCAAUCGAGCUGGUGGUGUUCGGGUACCUGAUCUACCGGCAGAUUGGUGUGGCGGGACUAAUCGGCAUCGCCUUCCUGCUGAGUUUCAUCCCACUGCAAGCAUGGGUCGGCAAAAAGGCAGCCUCCUAUCGGCUGAAAACGGCCAUUCGCACGGAUCGGCGCGUACGCUUCAUGAAUGAAAUCAUCCAGGGCAUCCAGGUGAUUAAGAUGUACGCGUGGGAGCAUAGCUUCAGCCGCAUGGUGGACACCAUUCGCCGCAAGGAGAUCACCGGUAUCCGGGGCACGUUGUUCAUACGUGCCGGGCUGCUGUCGUUCAAUCUGGUAUCGAGGCUGUCGAUUUUCCUCAGCCUGGUAGGCUACUGCUAUUCGGGCAAUGUGUUCACCGCCAAGCAGGUAUUCAUUGUGACGUCCUACUUCAAUCUGCUGUACAGCUCGAUGCUACACUUUUGGCCUCUGUCGUUGACUUCCGUGGCCGAGGGGCUGAUCUCGAUUAGGCGGAUUGAGGAGUUUUUGCUGCUACCGGAACGGAAAAUGGUGCAGGUGCCGAUGGGGAGGGCGGCAGCCGCUAAUGGACACUCGGGUACCGAGGAAAGUGAAAUUAAGCUGAUGGAAAACGUGAAGAUGGCCAACGGCGAUGGUGCGAUAAAGCUUGACAGUUUGGCGCUGGCAACGGGGAAGGUUCACAGUAAGCGGUUUGUCAAUAAGAAGGGAUUCGCUCGGAGGGGUAUUUUCAUGCGUGAUGGAACUGCUUGCUGGAGCAAGGAGUCGAGUGGAGAGCGAAGGAAGGUUGUAGGGAUUCGGGAGGUGAACCUGUCGGUAGAGAAGUCGAAAAUGUGUGCCAUUGUUGGCCCGGUUGGAAGUGGCAAAUCAACCCUGCUCCAGGUUAUUCUUGGGGAGUUGGAGCUGGACGAUGGACGACUGGAAAUCAGCGGCGAUAUCAGCUAUGCAUCACAGGAACCUUGGCUUUUCGAGGGAUCGGUGAAGAACAACAUUGUGUUUACGGAAGACUUUCACGAGAAACGAUAUCGAGAAGUGGUGAAGGUAUGUGCCCUGGAAAAGGAUUUUCAGUUACUGCCGCAUGGUGAUGAUACUAUUGUGGGUGAACGAGGAAUCAGUCUAAGUGGAGGACAGCGUGCCCGAGUAGGUUUGGCACGGGCGAUCUAUAGAAAAGCUGAUAUUUAUUUGCUAGAUGAUCCGCUGUCUGCGGUGGACACCCACGUGGGGAAACACAUCUUCGAGGAGUGUAUAAGAGAUUACUUGAACGAUAAGGUUUGCGUGUUGGUGACCCACCAGCUCCAGUACCUGAAGAACGUCGAGCAUAUCGUGCUAAUGAAUAUGGGAUCGGCGGAGGCCCAGGGAACGUACCGUAGCCUGGAGGCGGCCAACACGUUUCCCAUGCUGGCCGCUAUGGAGCAGGAGCAGCUGGCACAGCGGGACAAACAGAUGGCGGAUUUCGUUGAUCCCGAAGGAGAACGGGAGCGGCAGCAGCGGAAGCCCCUGAUCAGAAUGUCCGCCACCGUGCCGCGUUUCAACAUUGACAAAGGCUAUCAACAGUCCGCGGCGGCAUCUACGCCGAUAAUACCGCCGGCCUACCGAAUGGCCCAUUCCAACCAAUCACUCUACCACCCGUCCCCGUUCUCCUCGUGCAGUAUGGUAUUCGAUGGGUUCGAUGAUUACCAGGAAAGCACUACUACUGCUGCCGCAGGUCGCCGGCGCCGGAAGGCAAAGCGCCCGGGAACGUCCACCAGUGGUUCCGAAACUGCGGACGACCAACAGCGGGACGAGUGCAAUCAUUUGGCAACGGAAGGGAGCGGCGGUGGCGAUGGCGGAGGAGGAGGAGCAAGCAAGGAAUCUCAAAUAACCGGAACUAUUGGGUUUUCCGUGUACAGGAGCUACUUUGCCUCGGUUGAAAGCGUGACGCUGAUCGCACUGGUGGCGGCACUUUUCCUGCUGGCGCAAUGUACCAUGAGUGGUAUCGAUUACUUCGUUUCGCAGUGGGUCAACCAAGAGGAGCAUCUUAGCCAGAACGUUACCGGUAGUGACAAUUCCACUGCUGUCCCGUCCAAGCUGGAGGGAACCGUUUUCGCAGCCCUCGCCCGUGAACAGUACCUGAUGAUCUACUCGGGAGCUAUGGCCAUUAUGCUGUGCCUAUCGUUGAAUCGUUCAUUCUCAUUUUUUUACCUCUGCCUGCGGGCAUCAAUUAGGCUACACGAUCAACUGUUUCGGGGCAUUACCCGAGCCACCAUGUACUUCUUCAACACGAAUCCUUCCGGCAGAAUUUUGAACCGGUUCUCGCGGGAUAUCGGUUGCAUCGAUAUUUUUCUACCGUCCGCCAUGAUGGAUUGCAUUUUGUUCUUCGUGGAAUUCACUGCCAUUAUCAGUCUGGUUGCUGUCGUCAACUGCUGGCUGCUGUUGCCAACGGCCGUCAUGGGCAUCAUGUUCUACGGACUGCGGCACAUUUACACAAACACGGCUCGCAGUAUCAAACGGGUGGAAGCGCUGACACGCAGCCCAAUUUUCUCCCACGCAAAUGCUUCCUUCCAGGGCCUGACAACGAUCCGGGCCUUUGAGGCGGAGAAAAUUCUUGCCUACGAGUUCGAUAAGCAUCAGGAUUUAAACACAUCGGCGUGGUAUUUAUUUCUGGCGACGACCCGGGCCUUCGCGCUCUGGCUGGAGUUGGUGUGUGUGCUGUACAUCGCCGCUGUCACGUUCAGUUUUUUGAUGAUGGAAAAUACAAUGAGCGGUAACGUCGGUCUCGCCAUCACCCAGGUGUUCAAUCUGAUCUUCAUGUGCCAGUGGGGCAUGCGGCAAACGGCCGAGCUGGAGAAUCAGAUGACCUCGGUCGAACGGGUCGUCGAGUAUGCCGAGGUUGAGCCGGAACCACCGCUGGAAACGGUGGAUCCGCUGAGAAAACCGGCCGAUAAUUGGCCCGCCCAGGGGGCUAUCAAGUUCGAGUACUUCUCGCUCCGGUACUCGCCGGAUAGCGAGCCGGUGCUGAAGGAUCUGAAUCUGGCAAUCGAGGCGAAGGAGAAGAUCGGCAUAGUGGGAAGGACGGGAGCUGGCAAAUCGUCCAUCAUUCAGGCACUGUUCCGAUUGGCCGUCAACGAGGGACUGAUCAAGGUGGAUGGCGUAGACAUUGGAGUGCUGGGGCUGCAUGAUCUACGGAAGAAGAUUUCCAUCAUUCCGCAGGAUCCGGUUCUGUUUUCCGGGCGAGUGCGCGAGAACUUGGAUCCAUUCGGACAGCACAGCGAUGAGGAUAUGUGGCGGGCACUGGAACAAGUGGAACUGCGCGAUUCGGUUCAACGGAUGGAUGGAGGACUAGACGGAAAGAUGUCGGACGGGGGCUCCAAUUUCAGUAUGGGUCAAAGGCAACUGGUCUGUUUAGCGAGAGCCAUUCUCCGAAACAACAAAAUUUUAAUUUUGGACGAGGCCACUGCCAAUGUCGAUCCGGAAACGGACAAACUAAUACAAAAAACAAUCCGGGUCCAGUUCGGCGACUGCACCGUACUGACGAUCGCGCAUCGUUUGCACACGGUCAUGGACAGCGACCGGGUGCUGGUGAUGGAUGCCGGCAGGGCGGUAGAAUUCGGACAUCCGCACGAACUCCUACGACAGUCCAACGGGUUUCUACGAAAGCUGGUCAAUCAGACGGGAGAGACGACUGCUGCUCAGUUGACAGCUGUAGCGGAGCGUAACUUCCGGAAGCGCUGCACGGCCGACAGCUAGUUGUCGAUUCCGGUUCCGAUUACGGGUAGCAGCAAGAUAAUACCAAAGAAUGUGACAGGGAGCGCAAUGUUUGAUUUGUAAUAUUCGUGUACUUAGGGCGAUAAGAUGCUUAGCUAGAUUAAGUAAGAUUCAUAUUGUACAAACUGAACGAUUCCAAUUAUUCCACUUUUCUACUGCAUGUACAAUUUGAUACGAAUAUAGCAAUAAAAUUAGCUUUUUUGCACGA